AUGUUGCUGUCUAAGAUUGAUUUCACGAGACCAUAUCCUAUGCUGUCGCUUUUUGAACCGGAGAGCUUCCGACAUGAACGAGAUUUGGCGAAUGUCAUAGGUCAAGCUCUUGGAUAUUCAUUGGACGAACUCGAAACAGGGUUAUCGGAUGAAUUAAAAACCUGCCGUGCUGCGCUUUUCAAAGACACUGUUGAGGCCGUGAAUAGCCGAGGGAGCGAAGGCUACGAACAUUAUGCUUUUCCUGAAGCGGUGGUGCUGAAAGUGGCACAACCGUGCCCUCACUCACUGAUUGCUAAGAUUAAAUCUGCGAAUUUAAACUAUCAAGUAUUCUUCCGAACUUUGGAGGAUGAAAAGGAGAAUAUUGAUCAUGGCGCCGCAAAAGCAGUCGUGGAUUUUGUUCCUGAUAUGAUCCGAACAUUCUGUGCAGACGAAGUGGAUACCGAUUACCUACUGCAGCUUGUUGGUCAGAAGAGUUACCUAACGGCAAACGACAAGUUGUUAAUAAUAUAUGAGGAAGUACGGUCCGCAUUCGAAAACUACCGUAAUCCGCGGUUUGUUUUGCGAAGAAAGGAGAUAGUUUUGCUUGAUUACCCGGAGCGAGACGGUUUCACGCCUAACUAUGUACGAGCUGAAGAGAGCCGAAUGGCAAGCGGAGAUGGCGCUGUAAGUCCUUGUGGAAGUGGAAGCAUCGCAGGCGCAAGCGAUUCCACUGAAGCUUACAUCACUCUCUGGGAUGUGGACGAGUAUCUCUCGAUGCGCCCGCUGAGUUGCAGCAAUAUGGGGACGUCGGAUAUGGAUUCGCAGAUCAGUGUUGACUUUACUGUGUAUUGCGGGAAGACGUCGUUAACUCGUAAAACGUCCUCCAAAGUACCAAGUCACAAUCCACGUUGGCUGGAGUAUUUUAUUUCAAUAACGAAUGUAGUGUUGAUUUGUCAGGGUAUGAUUUCUUUCGAUCUAUACAUGAAAGAUCUACCGCCAGCUGCAAUUCUUAAC